UGAGAAAGUGAACAAACAAGACUGUGUUUAUGGAAGUAGGUUAGCAAAUGUUUUUGAGAAUAAAUAAGCGUUAGGGCUAUAAAAGAUAUUUAAUUUCUAAAUAUGAUCACAAAAGUUAAUUACACAACCAUGAAUACGAUGUUUAUCUCAUUAUUACUGGUUGCUACAAUUACAACGGCAUCAGCUUGCUCGGACAAUUUUCAACAAUGGUGUCAAAAAAACAAGUUAAAGUGCGCGUAUACCUCAUGGGCAGCUUUCAUGAAGUUAUAUUGUCAACAAACAUGCAAAUACUGUAUAGUAACAGGUGCUCCUACUACUCAACCUACUACUAUAAUAACAGGUGCUCCUACAACUAAAUCUACAAUAGGACCAGUAACAACCAAUACGCCUGGCAUAGGAUGUGGAAGCCCAACAAUUCAAAGUAGUCGCGUAAUUGGAGGGAAAACUCCAAGGAAAGGCUCCUGGCCUUGGCAAGUAUUGCUUUUGAAUGGAGGAAGUGGAUUUUGUGGAGGUACAUUAAUUCAUAAAGAAUGGGUUCUUACUGCUGCUCAUUGUAUACACGGAAAAGAAUUCAAUCCUUCGCAAAUAAAGAUAAGAACUGGAGAACACAAUGUAAAUAUUAAUGAAGGAACUGAGGAAGAUAUUCCAGCAUUAAAAAUCAUAAAACAUAGAGGUUACAAUCCACAAACACUUGACAACGACAUAGCAAUUGUUAAAUUAACAAAACAAUGUAAUCUAACCAGUUACGUAAGCACCGCAUGUUUACCUACUACGGAAGCAGCACCAGGAUCUUCAUGUGUUAUUACUGGAUGGGGCAAAACAGUUCACCCUGGAAGUAUGACAAACAUUCUUCAGGAAGCAAAAAUGAACGUUGUUGAUCGACAAACGUGCGAAAAUUUGAACAGAAAAACAAUACCAACUACUAUAUCAAAAGGCAUGCUUUGCGCCGGUGACGGUGGAGCAACACCAAUUUCUGGCUGUCAUGGUGAUAGCGGUGGUCCACUUGUUUGUGACGUUGGCGGAAAAUGGUUUGUUCACGGAGCUGUUAGUCAUGGAUCUGGAGAUUGUCGAUCAAACAAAACCUACACAGUCUUUGCAAAUGUUGGUUACUUCAGAUCAUGGAUUGAGCAUGCAGUUAAAAAAAACAUAUUUAAAAUCAUCAAUAUAAAAGGGAAGGAGUUUUGUACCCUUAAUCCCCAUCUAACUUUAUCUCCCUCCGGUAUUUUCAGCGUUGGUGCAGAGGCAACACUCGAUGGAGCGUAUAAUGGAGCUGCAAUUCUAAUUGAGAAGCAAAUUGAUCAUUCUCUACUCCGACCUAAAUGUACACAUCAUAUUCCAGAGCUCUUUAUAAAAGCAACAUCCAAUGCUAUUUGUGGUUUGAAUAAAUCACCAAGAGUUCAGCUAUUUGAAAGAUUCAAAGAAGAAUUUUAUAACCUUGAAAAUAAUGUAAAAGAACUUAGAGUGUGGGACUGGCCUCAUGAUCAAAAUAUUUUUUGUUUCAACAAGCACUUGAAUUACAACGCUUAUUUCAAAAUCAUGAGGACAAUAUUUGUCUUAUCAGUGCUAGUUGCCACAAUCACAACGGCAUCAGCUUGCACUGACAUUUUUCCACAAUGGUGUCAAGGAAACAAAAUAAUGUGCACGCAUGAUACAUGGAAAACCUACAUGAGUCAAACUUGUCCACAAACAUGCAACUACUGUACAGUAACUGGCGUUCCUACAACUCAACCUCCGAUAGGACCAGUAACAACCAAUACGCCUGACACAGGAUGCGGAAGCCCAGCAAUUCAGAGUAGUCGCGUUAUUUCAGGUGUAACUCCAAAAAAAGGCUCUUGGCCCUGGCAAGUAUUGCUUUUGGAUGGAGGAAGAGAAUUUUGUGGAGGUACACUUAUUCAUAAAGAAUGGAUUCUUACUGCUGCUCAUUGUAUACACGGAAAAGAGUUCAACCCUUCACAAAUAAAAAUCAGGACUGGAGAACACAAUAUUAAUGUUCAUGAAGGAAGUGAGGAAGAUAUUACAGCAUUAAAAAUCGUAAAACACAGAGGUUACAAUCCGCAAACACUUGACAACGACAUAGCACUUAUUAAAUUAACAAAACAAUGUCAAGUAAACAAUUAUGUCAGCACCGCGUGUUUACCUACUGCAGAGGCAGCUCCAGGAUCUUCGUGUUUUAUUUCAGGAUGGGGUAAAAUAAGUCACCCUGGAAGUAUGACAAAGAUUUUACAGCACGCAAAAAUGAAUGUUGUUGACCGACCAACAUGCGAAAAAUUGAACAAAAAAACAAUACCAACCUCUAUUACAAAAGGAAUGCUUUGCGCUGGUGAUGGUGGGGCAACUCGAAUUUCUGGCUGCCAUGGAGAUAGCGGUGGUCCAUUUGUUUGCAACAAUGGUGGAAAAUGGUUUGUUCACGGCGCUGUUAGUCACGGAUCUGGAGAUUGUCGAUCAGACAAAACCUACACAGUCUUUGCAAAUGUUGGUUACUUUAGGUCGUGGAUUGAUAAGGCAAUGUUAGAAUAAUUUCAAGAUUUUUAAAACAAAGAUACAAAAAUAAAAUA